AUGGACCCCAUCAAGGUUCCCAUUCAACCAGCUAAGAGACGUCGCAUUGGUGUUCUCACCUCUGGUGGAGAUGCCCCCGGUAUGAACGGCGCUGUGCGCGCCGUUGUCCGUAUGGCAAUUCACUGCGACUGCGAAGCCUACGCCAUUUUCGAAGGAUAUGAGGGAUUGGUAGCUGGUGGUAACAUGAUCCGUCAGCUGCACUGGGAAGAUGUCCGCGGCUGGUUGUCCCGUGGUGGUACCUUGAUUGGCUCUGCCCGCAGCAAGGGAUUCCGCGAGCGUGCCGGCCGUAUGAGGGCGGCGAAGAACAUGGUCUUGCGCGGUAUCGAUGCAUUGGUCGUCUGCGGUGGUGAUGGUAGUUUGACUGGUGCUGAUGUCUUCCGUGCGGAGUGGCCCAGUUUGCUGGCAGACCUCGUUUCCGCAGGGGAGUUGUCCGCUAGCCAGGUGGAGCCGUACAAGGUGCUGAACAUCGUCGGUCUGGUGGGUUCAAUUGACAAUGAUAUGUCCGGGACAGAUGCCACUAUCGGCUGCUUCUCAUCCUUGACCCGCAUCUGUGAUGCCGUCGACGAUGUCUUCGAUACUGCAUUCUCUCACCAGCGUGGCUUCGUCAUUGAGGUGAUGGGCCGGCACUGUGGAUGGCUCGCUCUGAUGUCUGCCAUUAGUACUGGUGCAGACUGGCUGUUCCUCCCUGAGAUGCCUCCGAAGGAUGGCUGGGAAGAUCAUAUGUGUUCCGUAAUCACAAAGAACCGAACCGAACGAGGCAAGCGCCGUACCAUCGUUAUCGUCGCCGAGGGAGCCCAAGAUCGCCAAUUGAACAAGGUCUCUAGCUCGAAGAUUAAGGAUAUUCUCACUGACCGGCUUGGCUUGGACACUCGAGUUACCAUCUUGGGCCACACCCAGCGUGGCGGUCCAGCAUGCGCCUACGACCGCUGGCUGUCAACCCUACAAGGUGUGGAGGCUGUUCGCGCUGUGCUGGAAAUGUCGCCUCAGUCCCCUUCGCCGGUUAUCACCAUCCGUGAGAAUAAGAUCAUGCGUACCCCUCUGAUGGAGGCGGUCCAAGCCACCAAAGAUGUCGCCGCGAAGAUCGAUACCAAAGACUUCGAGGGCGCCAUGAAACUCCGUGAUCCCGAAUUCAAAGAGCACUACAGAGCAUACUUGAAUACCGCGACCCCAGAGCACCCGAAGCUGAGUCUUCCCGAAGGCAAGAGAAUGCGGAUUGCUAUCAUCCACGUCGGUGCCCCAGCUGGUGGUAUGAACCAAGCAACUCGUGCCGCCGUUGCAUACUGUCUCACCCGUGGCCACACACCGCUGGCCAUUCACAACGGUUUCCCCGGAUUGUGCCGUCACCACGCCGACCAGCCGGUUAGCUCAGUUCGUGAAGUGACUUGGCUGGAAGCCGAUAGCUGGGUCAACGAGGGUGGUUCAGAUAUUGGAACUAACCGCAGCUUGCCGUCUGUUGAUAUGGAGACCACUGCCAAGUGCUUUGAGCUUUACAAGUUCGAUGCUUUGUUUGUUGUUGGUGGAUUUGAGGCUUUCACCGCCGUCAGCGAACUGCGCCAGGCUCGCGCGAAGUAUGAAGCCUUCAAGAUUCCGCUCAUUGUGCUCCCAGCCACCAUCUCUAACAACGUCCCCGGAACCGAGUACUCUCUGGGCAGCGACACCUGCCUGAACACCCUCAUUGACUUCUGCGAUGCCAUCCGGCAAUCCGCAUCGUCUUCCCGUCGCCGAGUGUUCGUGAUCGAGACUCAGGGUGGCAAGUCUGGAUACAUUGCGACAACGGCUGGCCUUGCUGUCGGUGCUGUGGCAGUUUACAUUCCCGAGGAGGGUAUCGAUAUUAAGAUGCUCUCACGCGAUAUCGACUUCCUUCGUGAUAACUUCCUCCGCGACAAAGGUGCUAACCGUGCGGGUAAGAUCAUCCUGCGCAACGAAACUGCUUCGGCCACAUACACCACUCAGGUAAUUGCCGACAUCAUCAAGGAGGAGGCCAAUGGCCGCUUCGAGUCUCGUUCUGCUGUUCCAGGUCACUUCCAGCAAGGUGGAAAGCCCUCGCCCAUGGACCGUGUCCGUGCUCUGCGUAUGGCUAUCCGGUGUAUGGAGCACAUUGAAGGAUAUGCGGGUAAGAGCCGUGCGCAGGUCGCUGACGACCCUCUCUCGUCCUCUGUCAUUGGUAUCAAGGGCUCACAGGUCCUGUUCUCGCCCAUGGGCGGUGAGACUGGAUUGGAAGCUACCGAGACUGAUUGGGUGCGUCGUCGCCCCAAGUCCGAGUUCUGGCUUGAGCUACAGGAUGUCGUCAAUGUUCUGUCUGGACGCUCCCACGCCAGCCAAAACGAGACAUGGUCUUGCUAUGAAAGUACGUAA